CUGCAGCGUCGCGGGCGGCCGGUGUCCCGCUCGGCUCUGCCCCGCCGCGCUCCGGGCAGCCCGGCUCCGCGCCCUCCGCCUCGCCCGUCCACCCGGCCGCUGCCCCGCGCUCGCCCUCGCCUGGCCGGGCAUGGAGGCGGUGCCUCACGCCCCGCCCCGACAUCCAGCCUGCCCCAGCUGAGCUUCCUCCUUGAAGGUGCCAGUGGCGGCAGGGACCUGCUCCUUCCCUCUCCUUCCCUCGUUGGUCUUGGCCGUGGCCGGGAGGAUCACCGUUGUUUCCUAUGGCUGGGACGUACAGCUCUACUCUGAAGACCCUGGAGGAUCUCACCUUGGAUUCUGGUUAUGGGGCAGGGGAUUCCUGCAGGUCCCUCAGCCUCUCUUCCUCCAAGUCCAUCUCCCAAGCCCUCCCGUCGGCUCAGCACCGAGGCAACUGGUGGUGCUACUCCGGCUCCAUGAACAGUAGGAAUAACAGCUGGGAUACCGUGAACACCGUCCUGCCCGAAGACCCCGAGGUGGCAGAUCUCUUCGCCAAGUGUCCGAAGCUGCCGGAUCUCGAGGAAUACCCUUGGGCGGAUGAAGACGUGGGGAAGAUCCUCCGCAAGGGGAAGGGGGAAGGCAGCCCCAGGAGCUUUUCUCAGGAAGCAGUCAGGAGGCUGUCGCAGUUGCUGAGGAGGGCGCUGAUCAGGGUGUCAAGGGAGGCCCAGCGCCUGAGCGUGAUGCACUCCAAAUGCACCAGGUUCGAGGUGCAAAGCGCCAUCAAGCUCAUCCAGAGCUGGUCGUUGUCCGAAAGUUGCGUCCUGGCGACCGUCAAGGCCCUUUCCCUCUACAGCAUGAGCGCUGGAGACGGGCUGAGGAAAGGCAAGUCAGCCCGCUGCGGUCUCACCUUCUCUGUCGGGAGGUUUUUCAGGUGGAUGGUGGACACUAGGAUCUCGGUUAGGAUCCAUGAGUACGCCGCCAUCUCCUUGACAGCCUGCAUGGAGAACCUGGUGGAAGAGAUCAAGGCCAGGGUGCUGGCAAGUCAGAGCCCAGACGGAGGAGGAGGAGGUGGUGAGAUCUCGGCUGAAGUCCUAGAGAUGGUCAUCAACAAUGAUGCUGAGCUUUGGGGAGUACUGCAACCCUACGAGCAUCUCAUCUGUGGGAAAAAUGCUAAUGGUGUACUGUCCCUGCCUGCCUACUUUAGCCCUUACAACGAUGGCUCCAUAUGCAGUGAUGGACGGGCUGAUGCUUAUGCCCAGCUGGAACUCCGGACUUUAGAACAGUCGCUCUUGGCGACCUGCGUUGGAAGCAUCUCAGAACUGAGUGACUUGGUAUCACGAGCAAUGCACCACAUGCAGUGUCUGAACACCCUCCGCCCUGGUAUGAGCCCUGUUCGGCAAACCAGGCAGCAGCAACCCAUCAUCUGGUCUCCAGAUGCCCUCCACACCCUCUACUAUUUCCUACGCUGUCCUCAGAUGGAGUCCAUGGAGAACCCCAACCUGGAUCCACCAAGAAUGACCCUGAAUAAUGAACGGCCCUUCAUGCUUCUGCCCCCGCUGAUGGAGUGGAUGCGUGUGGCCAUCACCUAUGCUGAGCACCGGCGCAGUCUAACUGUGGACAGUGAUGACAUCAGGCAAACAGCCAGGCUGCUCUUACCGGGAUUGGACUGCGAGCCGCGGCAGCUAAAGCCUGAAUGCUGUUUUAGUUCCUUCCGAAGACUGGAUGCUAAGGCUGCCACUGAAAAAUUCCAGCAGGACCUGGGUUUCCGAAUGUUAAACUGUGGAAGGACGGAUCUCAUUAACCAAGCUAUAGUAGCUCUGGGACCUGAUGGGGUUAACACAAUGGAUGAUCAGGGAAUGACCCCACUAAUGUAUGCCUGUGCUGCUGGAGAUGAAGCCAUGGUCCAGAUGCUGAUAGAUGCUGGAGCAAAUUUGGACAUACCAGUCCCCAGUAGCUCUCCCCGAUAUCCUUCAGUCCAUCCUGACAGCCGGCACUGGACUGCGCUUACCUUUGCUGUACUACAUGGACACAUCUCUGUAGUUCAGCUGCUGUUGGAUGCUGGGGCUCAUGUUGAGGGCUCUGCUGUUAAUAGUGGAGAGGACAACUAUGCCGAGACCCCACUUCAACUAGCUUCAGCUGCAGGGAACUAUGAACUGGUCAGUUUGUUACUGAGCAGGGGUGCAGAUCCCCUCUUGAGUAUGCUGGAAGUCAAUGGGAUGUCCUCAUCACUUCACGAAGACAUGAACUGCUUUAGCCACUCGGCUGCCCAUGGGCACAGAAAUGUGCUCCGCAAACUCCUGACCCAGCCCCAGCAGCUGAAGGGAGAUGUGCUCUCGCUGGAAGAAAUUUUGGCAGAGGGCGUGGAAAGUGACACCUCCAGUCAAGGAAGCUCCAAUGAGGGGCAGGUCAGACUCUGUAAGACCAGGAUGAAGGCCCUGCAGGAGGCCAUGUAUUACAGUGCCGAACACGGCUACGUCGACAUCACCAUGGAGCUCAGGGCACUCGGAAUCCCAUGGAAGCUCCAUGUAUGGAUUGAAUCAUUACGGACAACCUUUUACCAGUCUCGCUAUUCAGUUGUGCAGACCCUCUUACGGGAGUUUGUCACUAUUAAGGAAGAGGACUAUAAUGAAGAGUUGGUUAACGAAGGGCUGCAGCUCAUGUUUGAUAUCCUCAAAACCAGCAAGAACGAUUCGAUCAACCAGCAGCUUGCCACCAUCUUUGUCCACUGCUAUGGGAGUGGUCCUAUCCCCAGCAUUCCUGAAAUCCGAAAGACACUGCCGGCGCGGUUAGAUCCCCACUUUCUAAACAAUAAGGAAAUGUCUGAUGUAACGUUUCUAGUGGAAGGAAAACUGUUUUAUGCACAUAAAGUUCUACUGGUUACUGCUUCCAACAGGUUUAAGACCCUGAUGACCAAUAAAACAGAACAAGACAUCCAAGGCAGUAAGACAGUGGAAAUUAGUGAUAUGAAGUAUAAUAUUUUCAAGAUGCUGAUGCAGUAUUUAUAUUAUGGAGGAACAGAAUCCAUGGAAAUUCCCACAGCCGAUAUCUUAGAGCUGUUGUCAGCUGCCAGCCUGUUUCAACUGGAUGGCCUCCAAAGACACUGCGAGAUCCUGUGCGCCCAGACCAUCAGUAUGGAUAACUCUGUUAACAUCUAUAAAUAUGCAAAGAUUCACAGUGCACCUGAACUGGCCUUGUUUUGUGAAGGCUUCUUCCUCAAACACAUGAGCUCUCUGCUGGACCAGGACUCAUUUAAACAGCUCAUCUAUGGCAGAAACAGCAAGGUGCAGGGGCUGGACCCUCUCCAGGACCUCCAGGCAACACUGGCCAGCCGACUGCAUUCCAUUUACAUCACCUCCAGAGUGUGAGACAAGCAACCAGUGGCAGAAGCACCAGGUCAAACUGCACUGGCACGGGACCUUAUGCAGCUGGGGCUUCCCUGUCUACCUUAUGGAGCCAGCAGCAUGUGCUGAAAGUCCCUUACAAGCAGAUCCCCCAAGGGCAGCAAUUUUCCCUGGGGAGCGUGUGUGUUAGGAUGCUGUAACUAUUCUAACCGAGAAGGAAGGGAAGUGGCUUUUCUCUGUGCUGCCCAGCAUCAGAGCAACACUGGUACGGUGUGCACAGAAAAUAGAGGUGGCAACUGAAGAACCUGGCCCGAAGAGUAGAUCCAUGUUGCCAUUUUAACAAGCACAAUGCAAAAGCUUCUUGGGCAAUGGAGAACUUGGAAGUGUCAUAACUAGGCCUAACACUGGGAGUGUUUCUAACAUGCUAAUCUAAGCUCAUCUAUUUGCGCACCACAAAUGCCAUCUUACUGAUACAUGUACAUUUGUUAUACUUGUAAAAGGCUAUAUAUAGGGAGUCCUUUAAUCCCAUGGACCACUACUCAUUCAGGUCACUGGACUGGACCUAUACAAAGGCUGGUGCACACAGACUACUUAGUUAUAGAAAUCAACACCAGCUUUAUAUAUGGCAAAAAAAAACCCUCUAUCAUAAUAUUCCCAGAGAUGUUUGCACCUUAAGACGCAUUCACUUUGUAAACCCCCAAGCUGAGUAGAGGUGAGAGAGACUAAUAUAGAACACUAAAAUUACUCACUUAUGGUAGCACCUAAUGUGGAGAACCUAGCCAGGUUUCAUUCUGUUUUAGCUGUGUUCAGCCAGCCCUUGCCAAUAGGCAUUAUGAUUUUGAUCCGGUUUGACAGGAGAACCUGCCCCUACCCUGUAAUGGUUUGCUAGAAUUUCUAUUGCUACAUAAACCCACUUUUUGAAAACAGCCUGUGAAUGUCACCUGUGAGAUUGAGGACUGAUGCCAUGAAAGGAAAUGUUUGUCUUCUUUUAAUGCUGUACCAGGUGGUAUAAUAAAACGUAUUGCAGCAUUAAGAGGCCUAGUCCAAUAAUAUGGGUAGUACUUAGAGCUCCUGGAUGCUUUGUUCUCUCUUUCUGGUGGUAGAAAAACAUGUCCACUCAGUAGUUCUGAGUUCUUAUCCCAGCCCUGACUUUUAACUUGUGGCCUUAAGCGAGUCAUGACCAUGCUUCCAUAUCCCCACCUGCAGAAUGGGGUUAUUUCUUCCCCUCACAUUACAGAGAGGACCAUUUUUAGUGCACAGUGCCUGAACAUGCUAACUUUUAGCUUUGCCUUCUACUUAUAGGAAACAUUUGGGCUACAGGACUUAAAGCUAGAUGUCUCAACCCAAAUGCCUAAAAUGUACCCUAUUUCCCUUGGCACAAAUGAGAAGAUUAUUUUAGAACAGGCUCAUUCUGAGCCUUUGUUUAUCUGAAUAAUGGGGAGAUACACAUAAGAGACAGAGUGUUUUUGCAAUUCAAAGUGUAUUGUAAAGUUGCAGAAGGGAUGCAGGGUGGAGGUGUAGGGAUUUUUUGCAAGCAGACUUGGAAGCAAAGUUUGAGGAAGGCAAGUGAUUUCCACUUAUCCUACUAUAACCAUUAUGUUAAAAAACAACAACAAAAAACAACAAAAACCCAAAAGAAAGAAAACACUACGCACAAACCCUUCAAACAUUCCUUGCUGGUCUGUGUUGGCACAUACUGAAAGCAUUGGCUGAAAUGCUUCCAUUCAUUACAGCCUGCAGGGGGGAAGGAAAAGCUUCCAAUGUAGAGUCAGUGUUUCUUGGAAAUUUGAACACUGAAAUCCUAGAUCCAGUGAUGGGCAGCAGCUCAGCUUGGCCCCAGCCUCAGCUGAAAAGCAGAAUCAUGGAGGAGGGGAAAGGAAGGGCAGACUGCAGCAUGUCUAGCUAAUCAGUCAAAACCUGAGAACCCCACCUCCUUCCCCAAGGAUUUCAAAUCUCAGGCAGACUGCAUGUGACAACAAAGGGCUUUGGUUAGUUAAGGAUCAGUGAUCUGAUUGAUGGACAAACUAUUAAUCAGAAUUCGCCUGUGAGCACACUCUAGUUUUCUGUUUUAAUAUGUGUUUUCUGUUUUUACUUGCAUACACAUGCUUUGAAAAAGCACCAGCUUCAAUAACCCUAUUUAUUCUCUGAAAGCCAUAGAGGUGGUUCAAGAAUUAUCACUGGCCUGCUUGGAAAAUACUGCAAAAGGAUGUAUCCUAGAAAAUAUUUUCAAAGAGCUGCUCCAGCUCUCUGUACAAAAGCAUAGGUUCUGUUUUGUUGCUGUAAUAUUGCCUGCUCUUUUAACUGUACAUUAAUGUUGUCAUUUAUGUAAAUGUACCAGGAUUUUAUUAACAACAUAACUUUAACAGUUA